AGUGAGUGCAAUGGAUGUCAUAUAUUGUGUUUGACGUAUGUAUUGGUUAUAUGUUUGUAUGGUUUUAACACUUUUGCUGUGUUUGUCAUCCAUUGUAUUGACUAUACUAUCAAAUAGUCUACUAUUGACUCAAUACUACAACUAUUACUUCAAUUGAUUGACUGAUCACUUGAUGACCAAACAAAUGACUGAUCCGAUGACCAACAAAAUGAUUUACCUCUCAAUCACUAAAUGAUGAUUGAAAACAAUUGUUCAAAAAUGGUCGUCACUUUUGUUGGCCUCCUUUUUCUCUCCAUUGUCUGUCUAAUGGAUCCAAUUUCGGCUCAAGAGAUCGUGUGUGGAAGUGUUGACAUCAGGAACACAGCGGAGAACUUCAAUAAAUUGCGGAACUGUUCAGUAGUUGAGGGAUACAUACAGAUAGUAUUGAUAGAUAACGGAACGCCUAAAGACUAUGAAAACCUAACGUUUCCGGCUCUGAGAGAAAUCACUGAUUAUUUAUUAGUAUUUCGAGCGAUGGGUUUACCGACUUUGGGUAAACUGUUUCCUAAUUUAUCUGUGAUUAGAGGCCGCAAUCUAUUCCAUGACUUUGCACUUGUAAUCUAUGAGAUGUUACAUUUGCAACAAAUAGGCCUCCGAUCGCUCACUCAUAUAGUUAGGGGCGCCGUAAGGAUCGAGAAGAACCCCAAUCUAUGUUUCAUUGAAACCAUUGAUUGGGAUCGCAUCGCCAGAAGUGCCAAAAAUGGUCAUUACAUUCACGGUAACAAAGCAAGGAAGGAAUGUCCCACUUGUAGCUCAAAAUGUCUGUAUGGGAGCACCAGAACACCUGAUGGAAAAGUCAUCGGAGAUCAAAGCGGAAGACUUUGUUGGAAUUCACAAAACGAUUCGUGUCAACACUUGUCGUGUCCCGUGGAAUGUGAACGUAAUAACCAGUCGUGUUCGCGCUCCGGGAGAUGUUGUGACAAAAACUGUUUAAGUGGUUGUAGUAAUUCUGAUGUCAACCAAUGCUUUUCGUGUCAAAAGUUUUUUCAUCUCAACAAAUGUGUUAACAAGUGUCCCAAAGAUACUUAUGAAUAUUUGGGUAGAAGAUGUGUAACCAAAGAGGAAUGUCUUAAUAUUUCUGCCAAAUAUUACAAUAAAGAUAAGUUUUUGAAACCAAUUGAUGGCGUUUGUACCACUGAAUGUCCGCUUGGUUUUAGUGAGAAUUCAGAAAAUCGACACAAAUGUGAGAGUUGUGACGGUCCCUGUCCUAAAGUAUGUUCUGCAGCUCAGGUGACUAACAUAGCAUCAGCUCAAAGUCUUAGGGGUUGCACUAAAAUUAAUGGCUCUCUUGAAAUAUAUAUUCAAAGCGGUGGAGCUAAUGUUAUUCGAGAAUUGGAAGAUAAUUUGCAGCACUUGGAGGAGAUAACAGGUUUCCUAAAAGUGGCAAGGUCAUUCCCUCUCAUUACACUCAACUUUCUCAAGAGGUUGCGCCUCAUUCAUGGCAACCAAUUAGAGAGAAAUGAGUAUUCCUUCCUUGUUUUGGAUAAUCCAAACCUUCAAGACUUGUGGAGCUUUGAUGACAAUAGUAUAAAAACAGAAAAAUCAUUGACUAUAUUAAGGGGCAAAAUAUUUUUCCACAUUAAUCCCAAAUUAUGCUACAAUAAGAUCGUGAAAAUGUUUGACACAUACGCAGACAUUAGGAACCACAGUCGACCCUGGGAUACACAUGACGUGUCGCCUCAUUCUAAUGGUGACAAAGUUGCCUGUGAAGUACAGGAACUGGAGGUUUUUAUUUGGGGCGUCAAACCCGAAAUGGUUGGAAUUAGGUUUCAAAAUUUUAAACAUAGAAUGGAUGACCAGCGCUCUCUUCUCGGAUAUCUUAUCUACUAUAAGGAAGCUCCUUAUAAGAACAUUAGUAUAUAUGAUGGAAGAGACGCCUGUUCUACAAAUUUUUGGAAAGUGGAUGACUAUGAGGCCGGCGAUAAUGAUGACCAAUAUAUUACACAUAUUAUCCCACAAUUGAAACCCUAUACCCAAUAUGCACUAUAUAUCAAAACCUAUACAAUUGCUUCUGAAACUAAAGGAGCGCAAAGUGCUGUUCAUUACUUUAAAACAGAAGAAGAUACUCCAUCUCAACCACGAAAACUGAGCGCCAGAUCAGAGAACUCUUUAGAAAUAAUGAUUGAAUGGGAAGAGCCGUCGCGUCCUAACGGAGAAGUGACUCAUUUUUUAGUGACUGCAACUCAAGACAUGCAAGAAAUUGAGUUUUCUUCGGAUAGAAAUUAUUGUUUAGAACCCAUAACUCACGACACACCGAAAAAGAUUGCUGAAGAAAUUGUCAGUGAAAACAAUUGUACUCAAUCUCAUAAUCCAUGGAUUGGACCAAAAAACAAAUCUAUUAAUUCGGAAUCAGAGGAAUGUUGUUCAUGUAAGCCAACUAUUGUCGACGGUAUGGAAGCUGAACGGAGGAUUAGUUUUGAAGAUCAUUUGAUUAAUACCAUAUACGUUAAAAAACCAAAUAUUGGUGAUAAUUCAAAGAGAAGGAGAAGAAGAAGAAGAGAAACUGGCAAAAGUGAUGACAAUUUGUUAUCACAUUUGACGACUGAAAGCAUUGAGAGCAAUGUGACCACUAAAAGACCUUUGACAACAAGUGCACCGGUGUUUCAAUUUCAAGAGAGAGUUAACGUAAAGAGUACCAGAAUUACUAAUUUGACUCAUUUUACUGAAUAUACAAUAGAAGUGCGCGCGUGUCAGGACAGGAAACUUAAUGAUAACAGAUCUACUGAUUAUUGCAGUCUUAAAGCUAUGACAUCUGUCAGAACUCUUCCAUUAGAUAAUGCCGAUGACAUAAUCGAAAGUACAAUUACUUCUAUCACUGAUAAUAACACAACUGCUGAAUCACAAGUAGUUUAUAUCAAAUGGGAUGAGCCAUCGAAACCAAAUGGAUUUAUUGUUUCUUACCAUUUAAAGUACAAAAAAGUGUCAAUUGAAUCGGCAUAUACCCAAAUAUGUAUUACUCAAGAUCAAUAUAGAAAUAAUAAUGGACAUAUACUACAAGAUCUAUCUCCCGGUAACUACUCGUUUAUAUUGAAAGCUCAUUCAUUGGCCAGUUUAGGAAAGUGGACAAAACCGGUUUACUUUACUGUUAAAGAGAGACCCCAAACAUAUCCACUACUGAUAUAUAUCGUAAUACCUGUGGCCGCUGUAGUCAGUGUUUCGUUUGUUAUAUUGGCCGGUGUUUUGUAUUUAAAAUAUAAAAAGAAUAAACGAGCCCUCGAUUAUGUAUCAGUCAAUCCUGAAUAUAUCAGUGCCGGAAUCGAAUAUCAAGCGGAUCCUUAUUGGGAAGUGGAUCGCGAUAAGAUUCGGGUGGGAAAAGAGUUAGGUCAGGGAUCGUUUGGUAUGGUCUAUGAAGGCGAUUAUUUGAAGGACAAGGAGCUUAUAAAAUGUGCGGUUAAGACAGUCAAUGAUGCGAUGGCCAAAAACCGCAUCGAUUUUUUGAAAGAAGCAGAUGUUAUGAAAUCGUUUGUCGAUUGCAAUCAUGUCGUCAAAUUGUUGGGUAUUAUUUCUAAGGGACAUCCAGUUUAUGUAUUGAUGGAGAUUAUGGCAAAUGGAGAUCUCAGAACCUAUUUAAGGUCGCACCGACCGGAUAGUGAGGAGAACCCAAACGCCAGACCUCCGACUUUAAAACAAUUAAUACAAAUGGCAAUAGAAAUUGCCGAUGGAAUGGCUUAUUUGGCCUCAAAAAAGUUUGUUCACAGAGAUCUAGCGGCACGUAAUUGUAUGGUUGCGGAGAAUAUGACCGUAAAAAUUGGUGACUUCGGUAUGACUAGAGACAUAUAUGAAACAGAUUAUUACAGAAAAGGUGGAAAAGGACUGUUACCCGUGCGAUGGAUGGCUCCCGAGUCCCUUAAAGAUGGAGUCUUUACUACUUAUUCAGACAUUUGGUCUUAUGGUAUAGUCUUAUGGGAAAUGGCAACACUUGCCUCUCAGCCUUAUCAGGGCUUAUCAAAUGAAGCCGUCCUUAAAUAUGUUGUUGACGGCGGAAAAAUGCAAAGACCUGAAGAUUGUCCCCAAAAAUUAUGGGAUCUAAUGUCUUGGUGUUGGGGCCCAACUCCUAAGCGAAGACCAAAUUUUAUAGAAGUGAUAGAAUUUUUAUUAAAUGAUACGAACGAAGGUUUUCUUAAAGUUAGUUAUUAUUCAAAAUAUAAGUCACAACUAAAGCAACACAAGUCUUCGUCUCAAUCUAUUGUCGACGACAUGUCUAUGCCGUUGAAACAAAUAUCAAAUUCUUUUAAUGCAGAAGAAAAUUUGAUCGAUACCUGUGAUGACCCAACCAUUCAUUUUUUUCCAUUGAGUCGUGAGAUAUGUGUGACAGAAAAUGGUGAUAAUGAAGAAGAUGAUGAAGCCAUGACUCGGGAGGACUACGACAUCGACACAAUCGACGAGUUUUCCAACGAACAACUACUCAAAGAUGUUUCGAGUGAUCAACAAAAUAAUAUGAAUAAUCAUAACAGUAAUAGUAAACAGUCAUCUGAUGGCAGUAAAGGCAGCAAAAUCAGUAGCACCACAUCCAAUGGAUCCAUAGCUAAUGGACAUAUAGUCCAGUAUAAGACAACUAUGUGCUGACAGUGCUCUAACUGCUCCUCAUUUCCAUUUGUUAUCUAUAUUUAAGUAUUCAUUAAUUCUCAGGAAUUUUAAAAUGCCAUUUAUUAUCAUUUA